UUUGGAGACAUAAUUAUGUUUCCAAAGGAAUGUAUCACGACAGGAGCACGGCCUGUGUACAAGCACUAUGCUAUUUAUGUGGGCCCAAGCAGUGAGAUAGACAUUGGGCAAGGUGACAAUGACAUAUUUCACCGCACAGGUGAAUACACACUGAAGCCUGACUGUAGGUUUGAUAAACUUGAAACAACGACAGGAAAAUGGAAGGAGAGAGUGGACAAUUACCUUGAUGUCAUUCCCAAAAUGAAAAACGCCACUAACAAGGAAGACAUAAUAAAGCGGAUCAACUAUACCAUUCACAACUGUAAAGAAUAUGGCAUCUUUGGAAACAACUGUGAACACCUUGCUACCUACGUACGCUAUGGCCUGAAGAUAUCACUGCAGCGGGGUACGUUGGCUAAAUUUCUUUUCAGAGCUCAACCCGAAGUCAAAAAAAUACUGGCCGGAAUAAAAAAAGACGAAGUAAAAGAGAUCAGCUGUGAGCUGUCUGUCCAUGGUAACACCGGCAAGAAAGGAAACUUCUUCUCACGCAUGAUUAAGAAAAUUAAAAGUCUAGGGUGACUUAAAGCAACGCCUGAUACCCGUCUGCAGUCUUUGCCAAUUUAUGAUGUGUAACUAUGCAGAGAGCAAUCCAAAGAACUUCAAUUAAAGUUUUACGAUUUUUAAACUAUUAGAAUUGCUUAUUGCUUUUUUUUCUCAUAAAUAUGAGCAUUUUGGUACACCAAUUUUGCCAUUAUUUCUAUAUUGAUCAUCAUCUAUUAGUUUUUGUCAUCUCAAAUUAUAAAGAUAUAUCCCUAUUACGUCAGUAUAUUGUAUUUACUAUGUAUUUACCUUGCUGAUUGAUUAAGCCAUGUAUGCACUGCUAAAUGUGACCUCUUUCAUGCUUUUUUAUUUUCUCUUUAUGCUCUAGAGAGAGUGUUGCUUCUGUUUAGUGGGGUAGGGCGGGAAAAAUGUUCAUGGAAAAAAAUAGUGCAUGCUCAAUGUAUUAUGUGCUUGUCAACAUGUAAAAAUAAAAGAAAACAAAAA